AACGGGAAUUGGAAAAAAAAAAAAUCGAUUAAUUGGACUACUAAAUUAAAAAUUUUGAACUAAAUUAAUAGAAUUAAUAGUUAAAUGAACAAAAAAAAAAUGGUAGUUGAGAAGAUAGUUGGGAUUCUGGUUUCCUCUCUUCAGAAAAGCAGGAAAAAAUAAAAUUGUAAAACAAUAUAGAGACAAGUUGACGACUGGCUCCCGCUGCACCGAGUCACCACUCACCACCACCAGCCGUUCAUUGGCUCCUUCCUUCUCUUUAAAAGGUUCAUUUUCCAUCAUCACCGAAUUCGGAUUCUCGAAUCACCCGCGACCGGAUUCGAAUGUACAAUUCCAAAAUUUUCCUUCUAAUCCUGCUCUUCCUAAUCAAUUCCAUCGCCUCUUCCAAUGCGGAUUCGGGUCAGAAAUGUUCCAACACCAGCUCCCUAGUCGGGUUCGAAUCGAACUUCACAAUGGUCCGACACCAACUCCGUGGCCAUCUCAAAAUCCUCGAUGGCUGCUCUUUCCAGGUCACCGGAUUCGACAUGUUAUCCGGCUCAUCCGACGUCGUUUUCUGGGGCGCCGUCUCCCUCAACUUCUCUGACCUCACCAGCGGGUUCCCCAUCUCCGGUCAACGCCUCAAUCAAACAGCUUACAAAAACGCAUCGUUUUCAGUCCAAUUGCUCCCCGACAUAACCUGGGACCAGAUUAACGUUCUUUCAAUCUGGGACAUCGCCAGCACCUCGGACUUCGGCCAUGUCACCCUCCCUCAAAACGGGUCAGAUUCGGUUUCGAACUCGGUGCAUACAGUGUUUGAUAAUUGUAAGAACUUGUCAGAUAAUUAUAGGGUCCGGUGGAACUUGAAUGUGGAGGAAAAUUGGAUCGAGAUCGGGUUAGAAGCAGCGGCGCCGACGACCUAUUACAUGGCAUUUGGGUGGGCGAAUCCGAAUAGGACGAAGGAGCUGAUGUCUGAAGCUGAUGUUACGGUGGCAAGUUUUACUGAGGAAGGUAGGCCUUUUGUUGAUGAUUUUUACAUUACGGCUUAUAGUGAAUGUAAGUUGAGUUCUAAAGAUCGUACAGCUAUAGGUGUUUGCCCCGAUGUAGUUUAUGAGAACUCGAAAAAUGGCAUGAUGGUGAAUAAUACUAGGUUGGUUUAUGGACAUAGGAGAGAUGGGGUUUCUUUAAUUAUGUUUAGGAAACCAUUGAAUUCGACUGAUAAGAAGUAUGAUUUGCCUGUGUAUCCUAAUGAGGAUAUGAGGGUUAUUUGGGCAUUAGGGUUGAUGAAACCACCAAAUGAAAAUCGGUCUCAUUUUUUGCCCCAAUUUCAUGGGGGUCCAGAGAAGGUUGCAUAUGGACAUUUGGUGCUUAAUGUUUCAGAGAAGGUAGAUGAUUGUUUUGGCCCAUUGGAUGCUGAUGAUAAUGAGGAUCAAGAGUUGAUUAUUGCUGAUACAGGCAUCCCCCUUGUUGUUACAACAGGGGAGGUGUUGCAUUAUCCAAAUCCGCCAAGUCCGUCUAAGGUUUUGUAUAUUAAUAAUAAGGAAGCACCAGUGUUGAGAGUGGAAAGAGGGGUGCCAAUUAAGUUUUUGGUGCAGGCAGGGCAUGAUGUUGCAUUCUAUAUUACUUCAGAUUCUCUAGGUGGGAAUGCUACAUUAAGGAAUGCAACUGAAACUAUUUAUUCUGGAGGGCCAGAAGCGGAAGGAGUUGUAGCAAAUCCUCACGAAUUGAUUUGGGUUCCCGAUAGGAAUACCCCUGAUCAAGUGUAUUAUCAGUCCUUGUACCAGGAGAAGAUGGGAUGGAAAGUUCAAGUUGUUGAUGGUGCCCUGUCUGAUAUGUAUAACAAUAGUGUGCUUUUAGAUGAUCAACAAGUCACUUUCUUUUGGACGUUAUCGGAAGAUUCAAUAACUAUUGCUGCCCAUGGUGUGAAGAAGAGUGGCUAUCUUGCAAUAGGUUUCGGUAGUGGGAUGGUGAAUAGCUAUGCAUAUGUGGGCUGGAUUGGCGAUACUGGAAAAGGGCAUUUAAAUACAUAUUGGAUUGAUGGAAAGCGUCCCUCAAACAUCCAUCCAACAAACGAGAAUCUGACACAUGUCAGGUGCAGGUCAGAAGAUGGCAUCAUUACUUUGGAAUUCACACGUCCGUUAAAACCAUCAUGCAAUCAAAAUAAUAAGCCAGAGUGCAAGAACAUUGUUGAUCCUACAACUCCUCUUAAAGUCAUAUGGGCAAUGGGUUCAAAGUGGACUGAUGAACAUCUGAGUGAGAAAAACAUGCAUACGGUCAUGAGUCAAAGGCCUGUGCAAGUGCUGCUUAUCCGUGGUUCUUCCGAGGCUGAGCAAGGUUUACAACCUGUCUUAGCUGUACAUGGGUUUAUGAUGUUCCUCGCCUGGGGUAUUUUGAUUCCUGGUGGAAUAUUGGCUGCUAGAUAUCUAAAACAUGUAAAGGGUGAUGGAUGGUACCAAAUUCAUAUUUACCUACAAUAUUCGGGAUUAGCAAUUAUCCUUCUUGGUGUUCUUUUUGCAGUUGCCGAACUUCGGGGUUUCUAUGUCAGCUCGUUACAUGUUAAGCUUGGUAUUGCUGCCAUAGUUUUUGCCUCUGUGCAACCAAUGAAUGCAUAUCUCAGACCGGAGAAACCUGCUAAUGGGGAGGACUCUUCCACAAAGAGAUUAAUUUGGGAGUAUUUCCAUGUAAUUAUCGGCAGAGGUGCCAUUGCCGUAGGAAUUGCAGCACUUUUCACUGGAAUGAAGCAUUUAGGAGAAAGAUAUAAAGUAGAAAACGUCCACGAUCUUAGCUGGGUGUUAAUAACAUGGUUCUUAAUUGCUGCAUCGACUGUAAUUUAUCUGGAGUAUCAUGAAAGACAACAGAGAGAUAGAUUACAAGGAAGGAGCAACUGGGUUCUCAGCAAUGCUGAAGAAGAGGACUCCAUUGACCUUUUAAGCCAGAACGAUGCUUCUACUCGAAAAGGUUCACAGAGUUCUGGAGUAAUUGAAGUACAGUUAGAGCCAUUGAAGAGAUAGAUUUAUUGAUACAAUAUAUUUUUUUCUUUUUGAAUAUAAAAAAGCUACAUUCUUCACCAGUUUUGAAAGCUUCUUACUAACAUGGAGCAGCUUUUUUCUCGGACGGCUUUCCCCUCUAUAUAUCGACAAGUGCGGACGACCAUGAGCCAACUCCAACUAAAGAUCCCAAACAACCAUACAUCAGCCUUGAAGUUGUAUCUAGUUCCAGGCUCCAAAACUUUGGUUGCCAUCCAACAAGGACUCCCUGUACUUGUAUUUCGACACCAUUGCCGAUCGCCGGAAUCAAACAUGCAAGCUAAAACACCAGAAUCUGAGUGCUUCAUUUCCUCUCUUUUGUUGGGCAAAAGGUUGCUAGCUUUGCCAUUUCAACGGAUAACCCCUUGUCAAUGAAGAAACUACAAAAGUUAGGGACUUUUUUUUUUUUUAAAUCUAGUAAAAAGUAUUGUAUUAUUUUUUUUAAUUUAAUGAUUCAAUACUUCUUACCAAUGUUUUUGGUUUUCUCAUAGUAAUGAAAUAAGCUUUCAAUUAAGCAAAA